AUGGAUAAGAUGAAGGAAGGUUUUCAGCGACGUGCUCGUCGCAUGCAAGAGAAUCUACAGCAAUCUGUUGGCUUAUCUGAGAAACGGGACGAGCUGGCAAGUGUCAGUCAUAUUGAACAACGCAAUCAAAAACUUGUUGCGGCUGCGAAGAACACGCGACAGAACUUGCAGGGCCUUAUCAAGUCUGUGAACAGAGAGGAAUCGAUGGAGAAGCGCCGGGUAGUAGCACCGAUUGCUUAA